GAGCUCUUCUCAAAGCUGACCGGGACUCGGAGCUUUGGUUUCCAAAGCUCGGCUCAGCUUGUCAAGAGGCGCAGGCUAGCUUUAAAGUCUCUUGUCGGUCUAGACGUCACCUGCGAACAUCAGUGCUCAUGCGUCAGAACACGAUCAAGGGGACGACUGAGAAGCAGCAGGGGCGCAACUAGUGCCUAUGGCUUGGCAAGUGAAGCAGAUUGAUUCGAAAGUAGGAAGAAAGAAGAUCUUGCCCCAGGAUCUGGUUCUGUGCAUGGAUUUGGUGGGCGGUUGGGAAGCUAUUCACAGGAGCUUGAGAGACAACCUAAGGAGAUUCUGGGCACAGCAUUCUGAGGGCUUCAGAAGUAGGUGGAGGGCACUGACUUGCGGUGGGAAGGAGAGACUUACUCUGUUCUGUAUACGCGUGCUUGCCAGCAACAGCGAAAGACAAAUCAAAGGACGACGAGCCAUUUGCAGAUGUCCUGUCCCUUUGCGCCGAACUGAACGUUGAAGACCUGUUGUCAGACACAGAGAACUCGUUGGUUUCCUCCUUUGAUUACAUCUGCCAUGGGAAGCUUGAGGAGAAGCUGGCCAAGGUCAGCUCUGACAUUCAGGUUGCAUAUAGACACAUGGAGACCACCUCUCAGGUGACACCUAACCACACCUACAUCGUAGUGGCCAACACAAUGCUAGAAGGUCUUCCCCUUAUAGCUGGGAUGAGCUUCAAAGUAGAUGCCAACAGCACAACGCUGAAAGCGUGCGAAGAGGCUGAGGCCAGAGGUUGUCUGAUUAAGGAAGAUAUCUUCUUCCUGGUAAAUCAUCGCCUUGGAGAGAAACUGGCCUUCUUGGCACACUUUGCUGAUGAGUACCGAAUGAACAUGCUGGGUGAAGACCAGUUCUUCUAUGUAUCGUCACCUGUCAAGGGCUGCGCUUUGUGCCGGAGGCCUGACACACCAGAGGGCGGGGAACUAAGGGGAUGCAGGGACUGCGGAAAUGAGAGCAGAGCGCUGUACUGCAGUAAGGACUGCCAAAGAAGGGACUUUGUCCGGCAUCUGCCAGCGUGCCUGAGGCUUCAGAAAGAUGCAGAGCUGGGGAAAUCCAGAAGCUGUCAGGUGUGUGGCGACCUAGAGUCAGAGGGAGGAGGCGCAUUGAGGAAGUGCUCCAAGUGCCACUGCAAGCAGGUAAAGUAUUGCGGCAAGGAGUGCCAGACGGUAGCAUGGCAGGCUGGGCACAAGCGGGAGUGCAAAAAGCUGCGGGGGAGCCACAUGUGAUGACUUGACGUACAUAACCUGCUCCUCUGCGGAGGGGUGUCACCGCCCUUUGAUGAACUUAUGUAUAUAUUGUAAGCAACUCAGCUUGGAUUCGGGGUGGAAAGUCUUCCAACUUGCUGUGCGCUUGUUAGAACACUUCGUUGCAAUUUGGAAGUUUAUUCGAUCAGGGACUCGUUGACACAGGCCCAA